CUGCAGAGUUGGGAGCUCUCUUUCUGCGGCCAGCUCGCCUUGACAGCCAACACUGGCGCAGAGUCUCCGCGCAAACCUUUUCCUCAUUUUUCUGUCAUAUAACGACAAUUCACACCCAUACUUUAAAGACAUCCUCUUCGGGAGACGAGCGUCGGAGCGGCCUCGUCCAGAAUGGGGAACCGAGACGAUGAAUACGAUUUCUUGUUCAAAGUUGUGUUAAUUGGGGAUUCGGGCGUAGGGAAGAGCAACCUGCUCUCUCGGUUCACCCGAAAUGAGUUCAACCUCGAGAGUAAGAGCACCAUCGGAGUGGAGUUUGCCACGCGCAGCAUUCAGGUGGACGGCAAGACGAUAAAGGCUCAGAUCUGGGAUACAGCAGGACAAGAGCGCUACAGAGCCAUCACCUCGGCAUACUACAGAGGAGCGGUGGGGGCGCUCUUAGUGUACGACAUAGCCAAACACCUGACCUAUGAGAAUGUGGAGCGCUGGCUGAAGGAGCUGAGAGACCACGCCGACAACAACAUUGUCAUCAUGCUGGUUGGCAACAAGAGCGACCUGCGCCACCUCAGGGCCGUGCCCACAGACGAGGCCCGGGCCUUCGCAGAGAAGAACAAUCUGUCAUUCAUAGAAACUUCAGCCUUGGACUCAACAAACGUUGAAGAAGCCUUUAAGAAUAUCCUUACAGAAAUCUACCGCAUCGUCUCGCAGAAGCAGAUUGCUGAGCGGUCUGCCCAUGACGAGUCCCCAGGAAACAACGUGGUGGACAUCAGCGUGCCACCCACCACCGACGGCCAGAGGGGGAGCAAACUGCAGUGCUGUCAGAACCUGUAGCCCACGGCAAACGUCCCUCUUCACCUGGGUCGAUUAUUAAUUGAUAUCCAGUGUUGGUAUGCUUCCAUCUGCCUGGGGUGCCAUAUUGUCUGAAUCUGCACUUCUUAGAUCAGUGGAGUCAGUUCCGUUAUGCCACAAACGAUCAGUACCAGAAAGAGCUGCUUGAUUUGAUUUCAAAUUGUAAUCUGACCCUGACUGAUGGUAAAGCGUAUGUAGCGGCCACAGUUACCCAUGAUAGUGUAGCGUAGCAGAAUAGCUUUGCCUGAGACCUUGUAAA